AGGAAUAGUAGUAGCAAAAAUGUAGAAAGGGACAGGUUAAACCACCAAGAAGAAAAGUGGAAAAAAAAAAUUAAUUAAUUAAAAAAAUCAAAAUUCUUUUUGCUCCUGUGUCCCAAUUGUGGCUUCCACAAAUUUUUAAUCCUUGGUCUUAGGUUUUCUCUCUCUCCGUUUUUUUCUCUGCCGAAUCUCUCUCUUCCUGAUACAGGAUCUGUAGCCUGGAUAAAGGUGUUGUGCUUGAUUGACUGAGAGUUGCACUUUCAGCAGGGGUUUGAAACCGUUGGCUGUAAUUAUAGCCAUUUGUGGAUCUCAGAUGGAUGAUGGAGGGCAUCGUGAAAAUGGAAGACACAAAGCAGAUCAGUACAAAACAGCUCAGAGUCAGUGGUUGAUGCAACAUCAGCCAUCAAUGAAACAGAUAAUGAGCAUUAUGGCUGAAAGAGAUGCAGCCAUUCAAGAAAGAAAUUUGGCUGUUGCUGAAAAAAAGGCAGCUAUUGCAGAGAGAGACAUGGCAUUUCUGGAACGAGAUACAGCAAUUGCAGAACGGAAUAAUGCCAUGUUGGAACGUGACAAUGCAAUUGCAACACUUCAAUACCGGGAAAACUCCUUUACCAGUGGUAAUAUGUCAUGCCCACCUGGAUGCCAAAUCUCACGUGGGGUGAAGCACAUACACCAUCCACAAGCACAACAGCACAUGCAUCAUGUACCCCAUAUGGGUGAGCCAUCUUACAAUACAAGGGAAAUGCACACAAGCGAUGGUCUAGCAAUGUCACCAGUUGCUUGCGAGGCUGCAAAGUCACGACGGGCUAAACGAACAAAGGAGACCAAGGGAAUCUCAUCUGACAAGAAAGCUGCAAAAACUCCAAGGAAGAUUAAGAGGGAGAGUGAUGACUUGAAUAACAUGUUUGGCAAGCCAAAUGAGUGGAAGAGUGAGCAGGACAUGGGCAGUGGAGGUGAUGAUCUUAACAGACAGACAGGGGUUCCAAAGACAGAUUGGAAGGGGCAGGACUUAGGGUUAAAUCAAGUUGCAUUUGAUGAGUCAACGAUGCCUGCACCUGUAUGCUCCUGCACUGGAAUCCUAAGGCAGUGUUACAAAUGGGGAAAUGGGGGGUGGCAAUCUUCAUGCUGUACAACCACCUUGUCGAUGUAUCCUCUGCCAGCAGUUCCAAACAAACGGCAUGCCCGAGUUGGUGGGCGAAAGAUGAGUGGAAGCGCCUUUAACAAGCUGCUCAGCCGGCUUGCUGCAGAAGGCCAUGAUCUGUCAAAUCCUGUUGAUUUGAAGGAAAAUUGGGCCAAGCAUGGUACAAAUCGCUACAUCACAAUUAAGUAGACUUAGUAAAUUUUCUCGUGAAUGGAAGAAUAGGAAAAUAGGGAAACAGCAUCCAGUGAUCAAGUAUGAUGCAUCUUCAAUUUUUUUCCUUUCAGCCAUAAAUUAAUGAAAGGACAUUGAUACUUGGCACACCAGAAUCAAGUAAAGGGGACGCUAGUUUACUCAUUCCUACCGAUAGUUGUAUAAUAAAGCCUGCCUUGGUUUAGCGACCAUUAAUAGUCCAUCGUAAGUGAUCUGUACUUGUAAAGUUGUAACUCUAGAUAGCUAUGUAAGUAGUGUACUUGUAUCUCAAGGGUCUGGUAUACCUGUGUGAAAUACUGUUUAUUUAGAAUAGAUUAGGUUGUGUUUGAAUACCGCUUAUUGUUGAAAACUGAAAAUAUUGUAACAAAAUAAUUUAUAAAUAUGUGAAUGUAACCAAGUUUUUCA